CUAAAAGCAACAUCAUUGACCACGUGACCAAGCAAAUAUGAGUGCAGCGCGAUUUCCCAUAAUUCCUUUCGGAACCAGUCUCUUCUCUCGCAGCCAUGUCUAAGAGAGGACGUGGUGGGUCUUCUGGGGCCAAGUUCCGCAUCUCCCUGGGUCUCCCUGUGGGAGCCGUCAUCAACUGUGCUGACAACACAGGGGCCAAGAACCUCUACAUCAUCUCUGUGAAGGGCAUCAAGGGCCGCCUGAACCGCCUGCCCGCCGCAGGCGUGGGGGACAUGGUGAUGGCCACAGUGAAGAAGGGCAAGCCAGAGCUCAGGAAAAAAGUGCAUCCAGCGGUGGUCAUACGACAAAGGAAGUCGUAUCGGCGAAAAGACGGCGUGUUCCUGUACUUUGAGGACAACGCCGGCGUCAUCGUGAACAACAAAGGAGAAAUGAAAGGUUCUGCCAUCACAGGUCCAGUUGCUAAAGAGUGUGCAGACCUGUGGCCCAGAAUCGCCUCCAAUGCUGGCAGCAUCGCCUGAAUCGUUUUCAAUAAAAGUAAUAAACCCAGA